AUGGAGCUCUGUGACUCGGACAUGAAGAAGCUGAUCAAGACAGAUGUCCUUCUCACACCCCUCCACAUCAACACGUUGCUCUACAACUUGCUUGUCGGAUUGAGGUACCUGCACUCCGCGGGUAUCUGGCACAGGGAUCUGAAGCCAGCCAAUUGCUUGGUGAACCAGGAUUGCUCGGUCAAAAUAUGUGACUUCGGGCUCUCCAGAGCAGUUUCAUCGGUACAGCAUGCUCCGUUGCCCAACACGCCUCGCGGCGAGGAAGAAAGCAACGAGGUCGCUGGACCUGUGGUCCCCCACACAGCAAAAGCCAAAAGGACCAUGACUAGGCACGUGGUCACUCGCUGGUACCGGGCCCCUGAGCUGAUCCUCUUGCAGGAUACCUACAACGAGCAAAUCGACAUGUGGUCCGUGGGGUGCAUCUAUGCAGAGCUCCUGCAAAUGCUGGAGGGUACCCACACUGAGGAUCGCGGACCUUUGUUUCCUGGUUCGAGCUGCUACCCACUUUCGCCGGACAGAAAGCAUCGAAAGGAUCCCAGGUUCCAUACGCGUGGCAGUACGGACCAGCUGAACGUUAUCUUCGACCUGCUUGGCACUCCCUCUGAGGCUGAGAUUGCCCAACUCCAGACGGAGGAGGCCAAGCAGCAUAUCCGGGCGCUAGCGCGGCGCGAGCGAAAAGGGGUGCGAAGUCGCUUCCCAGACGCACCCGAGGACUCUGUGGACUUGCUGGAGAAGAUGCUCAAGUUCACACCGCGGGAAAGGGUCAAUGUGGACCGAGCCCUCGACCACGACCUGUUCAAAAAUAUUCGGGACAGAUCGGUUGAGCUGGUGGCGCCUGCACCUGUCACCCUUGAGUUUGACAAAGAGCCAGAUCUUGGCGAAACAGCGCUUCGAAAAGGCUUUGCGGAAGAAAUCGCAAAGUUCCACAAGACUACCAGCGAGCAGCAAUGCCACAUCCUUUGA